GAACUUCCCCUAACUCAACAGACUCAACGUUUACCAAGAAAUGGGACUAGCUUUGAAAAUCACGAAGUCAUCACAGGAAAUGAGGGUGUUUCUGCUGAGUUUGGAGAAAGACAUCAGCCAAGUCAAACUGGUCUUUGCAGAAACAGCCUCCCACAGCAGAGUGAGGAGGAAAAGGGUUAUUCCAGCUUGUCGCAAACACACAGCAUGAAGCAGAGGAAGGCUAGUGACAUUAUGAAAGAUGAAGGCGAACAACUAGAUUCCUCAGCUCGAUCAACUAAUCUCCUCCACUAUAAACCACGUCUUGCUCCUUUGAAGAUUUCUACAUCUGAAACGCUGAAGGAGUUUUAAAGAGCAAAAGGAGUGAAAGACCCAAAAAACAGCCAAUACAGAAAGCUGGAGAUGGGUUGAAAAAACAAAAAAAGAGUUUGAAGAAAGAGAAACACCAAAGUCAGACAGAGUUUGUUG